AUGCGCCUCGCGGCCGCUUCGACAGUCCCUCGCGUUCCAUUUGCUUCGGCUCAUCUCAGAUCAAGCUAGCGCACCUGACACCCACCACCUCCCUCCCAGAUCCACCACCCCAGCCAUGGCCACCGCCUUUGACUCCCCGACCUCCUCCCCCGCCGCCGCGCCCUUCCACGACGACCCUUUCCUCCAUUUCGACGGCUCGGCCCCCGCCGCCGCCGACGGCUUCCCGGCCUCCCCGGACGCCUACGCGCCCUCCCCCUUCGGCAUGCCCCACUCCAACGGCGACCUCCACGACGACCCUUUCGCCGCACCUGCUGACUCCAACGGUGGGCCCAUCCUUCCGCCGCCCACCGAGAUGGGCCGCGAGGAGGGAUUCCUGCUCCGCGAGUGGUGCCGACAAAAUGCUAUUCACCUUGAGGAAAAAGAGAAGAAGGAGAAGGAGCUGAGGAGCCAAAUCAUCGUUGAUGCUGAAGAGUUUAAGAAAGCUUUUGUUGAGAAGAGAAAGCUCAAUGCUGAGACAAGCAAGGGCCAAAACCGUGACAGGGAGAAGCUUUUCCUAGCAAACCAGGAAAAGUUCCAUGCUGGUGCAGAUAAGCAAUACUGGAAGGCGAUAUCUGAACUUAUCCCACAUGAGAUUGCUAACAUCGAGAAGAGAGGGGCAAGGAAAGACAAGGAGAAGAAGCCUGGGAUCGUGGUGAUCCAGGGACCGAAGCCUGGGAAGCCAACGGACAUGGCACGGAUGCGGCAGAUAUUGCUGAAGCUGAAGCACACUCCCCCACCACACAUGAAGCCACCUCCGCCACCUGCCGCAGCUACCGGAAAGGAUGGAGCACCAGCUGCCGCCGGGAAGGAUGGAGCUAAGCCAGCAACCGUUGCCAACGGCAGUGUCCCUGAGAUGGAAAAGGCUGCUGCGGAGGCAUCAGUGCCAGCGGCAGCACCACCAGCAGCAACUGAGCCGAUCGCAGCUGCUUAAUCUAAUCAUCUGUGGUAGGAGGAUGUGAAAAAUCUCUUAUUGGAGUUGUUGCAGAGGCGGUGGUGGUGAGUGAAACUGAAAACGUGUGAAUUUCCGGCAUGGUGGAGGCAUGCACUGUGUAUUUGUUACCUCGAUUCAUUUACAUUACUGCUACUAUAUAUUGUUAUUGCAUUUUGUAGAGAAGGGGCGGGCGUAUCCUGGUUCAUGGUAAUAAUAAGGUUGUAUUAGGAGGAUGUUUGGCUGUAUUAUGUUUCUUCUUCCAAGUGUUUGUAAAUUUCCCUUUUGUUAUUAAAACUGAUUGUAUUGUUAAAUUUUUCUUUGUUAUUAAAACUGAUUGUAUUGUUAAGCUACUAUCUGCUGCAUAUACGGAGUAUAUUUUAUGAUC